AUGGGAAGAGGGAAAGUAGAACUGAAGAGAAUUGAGAAUAAAAUAAAUAGACAAGUGACUUUUGCAAAGAGAAGAAAUGGAUUGCUCAAGAAAGCUUAUGAACUUUCUGUUCUUUGUGAUGCUGAAGUUGCUCUUAUCAUUUUCUCUACUCGUGGCAAACUCUAUGAAUUCUGCAGCAGCUCAAGUAUGUCCAAGACAGUGGAGAAAUACCACAAAUAUAAUUAUGCUGCAGUGGAAGGAAGCCAACCUUCAACAGAUUCACAGAACACGUACCAGGAGUAUUUGAAACUUAAAACAAGAGUGGAAGUGUUACAACAAUCUCAAAGGCAUAUUCUUGGAGAAGAUUUGGGACAAUUGAACACAAAAGAUCUGGAACAGCUUGAACGACAAGUGGAUUCAUCAUUGAGGCAAAUAAGGUCAACUAGGACACAACACAUGAUUGAUGAGCUUACUGAACUUCAACAAAAGGAAGAAUCUCUUACUGAAAUGAACAAAUCUUUGAGGAUGAAGGUAACAAUAUAA